AUGAAUUUUAUAAUAAAAAAUUUAUUUUUAUUUAGUUUUUUAAUAUUAUUAAUUUUUUGUAAUAUAUCAACAUCAAACAAAAUAAAUAAAAAAGAAGAAAAUCAAAAUUUAAAAUAUAAUAGAUACACAAGUGGAUAUAAUUUUAAUGGUAAUGAAAAAGAUUUAAAUACCCAUAGUUCAUCAACAAGUGGUAAUGCUGCCAUUUCGAGCAGCAGUGGUAUUAGUAGUAGUGGUAGUGGGUUAAGUGGUUCGGGUGGUAACAACGAUAAUUUUGAAGAUUAUCUUAGUGGUAGUUAUACCGGAGCCUCUACUAGCAGUACUGCUAGUGUCACUGGCUCAUAUUCAACUGCAAACCACCCUGCCCAUGAUACUGGCUCAGGUAGCAGUGGUGGUUAUUUAUUUGCAAUUUGUUUAUAUUGCGACGAAAAUUGUCAAAGUUAUCAAAAAAUUUGUGUUCAAGCUACACCACGUGUUUGCACACCAAUUAUGAAUCCAUGCACUAAAUCAACAAUUUGGGUAAUUGGAAGUAAUACUCAAGAGGUUUCAAUUUUUACCGAUUUUAGAUGCACUGUAUUAAAUAGAAUAGAGACCAUUGAUCAAGAAUGUUCUGAUUGUGCAAUCAUUCAAAAGUUUAAUACCUAUGUUUCAAGUUGCAGAUAUGCCAGCUAA